AGCGGCAAGUCAGAGUGAAACUACCCUCCUGGUAUCGUAUCUUCGGUCGUUAUAGCUUGACGCAGCGUGUUAUUCCUCGUCUUCUCAAAACACGACCUUGCACAGAUCAAAAUGGCAACUCCCGCCACUUCGUCCGCAAGUUUCUCGUGGCAGGUCGCCAUCGGUUCAGCAAUCAAUCUUGCCGGCUACGCAUUGCAAAUCGGCGUUCUGAAGUUGUUCAUUCUCCGUUACGAUUUUCCCCACCCACUGUUCCUCACGUUUCUCGACCAGCUGGUGGCGUUUUUCGCGAUCUUGUUCGUGACGCACGUGGUGAAGAUUAUGCCAGACCCGAGGGUGGUGCCAAGGUUCGUGGCGGACGUGAAGGAGAGACUGAAGAAAACCAACCGGCGGCUGGACUUCACGGACACAGCUGGUGCGGCGGACCAGGACGAAGUUCUUUCGGCAUUGGUGAACAAGGGAGAAGCUGCUGGACAAAGUGCCGUCAAAAACAAAACAAAUCAAGGUGAAAGCCUAGGAACCACGAUAAUUCCGACGUACAAUUUCAAGACCCAAAUCCUCCCGCUAGGCUUGCUCAACAUCAUAUCCGGCGCCACGCACUACUCGGCGCACGAGUUUCUCUUUCCGAGCUUCGUGGAAAUGAUGAUGAUGACGCAAACCGUGCCCCAGGUCUUGCUCAGCAAAUUUCUCUCCCGCGACAUCUCGACCCUGACCUUGAUCUCCGUCAUCCCCAUCACCUUCGGGUCGGUCCUCUGCGCCUUCGGCGAAGUGAACUACAGUGUCAGUGGGAUUGCGCUCGUUCUCGGCGCGAUGCUCUCCGGGGUGUUCCGUCGGGCGGUGGCAGAAGGGGUGAUGAAAAGCGGGCAGCAGGCGGCGGGACCACGUGGUAUUAGAACAACGUCCUCUUCCACCCCGGGCAUCGUUCCCAAGACCGAUGGAAGUAUAAACGCAGGAAUAAAUAACUACAGCGAACUGCAGAAAAACAGUUCCUAUGGUGCCGCACCAGCCGGCGCCUCUACUUCUGGACUACAAGAGCCGCCGAAACCAGUAGGGUUAAAUCCAUCCAGGAAAAAUGACCCGACCCUCUCCGAGAAGAUGAUGGUCAGUUGGGGUAUGGCGUACCGAUUGACGCCCAUCAACGUCGUCGGGUUACUGCUCCUUUCCCUCUUCGUCGAGGGCUCGGAGCCCUGGACGGAGGUGCACGGUAAAAUAAUAGUCUCCACGAAGUUUCACUCGAUUUAUUUCGGGCUGAUGCUACUCGUUUUUAAAGGUUUAGGAACCACUGUUUGGUACAUAUCCGAAUUCACUCUCGUUCACUUCGCGGGCGCGUUUUACAUGGCAGUUUUGAACAACAUUAGUCGCGUAGGGGUGAUAUUCACGACCCUAGCCGUAUUCGGCAAUUCGGUAUCGAGUUUGCAGGGCUGUGGGUUUGCGCUCACGCUUCUCGGGGUUGGUGUUUACCUCUAUGAUUUUGGCUUUGGUAAGAACAGAAGUACAACACCAGCUUCUGCCGACGUGCCAGCCUCUGUCACGGCGUUGAGUGAUGAUGCCUACAAGGAAAGAGCAGUGAAGCAGUGAUCUUCUUCUACGAUUUUUUCCGCUAAUUUUGUUUUCCAGAAAAGGAAAAAUCCGCCAUGGCAUAUUAGCGGGACAUUGACUGCUUUCGCUUUGCGACAUGUUGGG